CUGUGCACACUAGGUUGUUACCAGGGGGCUCUGUCCAGGCCCUGGGCUGUCAGCAGCAGCUUGCUCCUAGCAGGAAGAAAAGUUGAAUACAAUGCAAUAGGAAGGCAGGGCCCCCUCUGGGCUUGGAGUGGGCCAGUCCAGCUGGGCCCAGGCUGCACAGUACAUCCCAACAUGAUCAGGACUGAGCCAUACUAGGGAGCACAGGCAUGCCACAGAGGAACACACCCCAUCCCAGGGCCUGGCACAGGGCAGGGGCGCAACUCUGAUAACCCAGGGUGGACUUUGCUACCUGCAGCCAACAGCAACCAAAUGUUUCCUGACUUGAGAAAUGUCCCCUGCUCCUUGAGCAGAUACUAGUGCCUCGUGGCCCACAGUGCCUCUCGCUUAUAGCCUCACACCCUCUCCUGACACUAACUACCCCCAGCAGAGGUGGUAAGGAGGGAGUAGAAUGGAGGAGGAUCUUAGUUGAAGGUAAUGUUGUUUCCUCCCAGAGGCCAGUGGUGCUUCAGUGUGGGGCAGCCUCAUUGGCAGGCUCCCGUAGCACUGUAGGGAGUGCAUCCUGUCCCAUGAAAACCCCCAGUUAGGUAGGCCAAGAAAGCAGCAGGGAAUGGGAAUCGGGACAAUUUGUCCUAUGGCCGAGCUGGGCAUUGAGCCCUGGGGUCAUCCCAUCAUCAUGGAGCUACCCUCUCUGCACCGGCUGGGAAGACCUGGAUGCCCAUUUCCCAUUUGCCUGUGGGAUGUUGUCAGAUCCCCAUGACCUCCUGCAACCCUCAUUCCUGCAUCUGCUUUCCCUUAACCUGGUGCUCACCUUCCUGAUGGCAUCAGGGAGCCCUGCACCCUGCUGGGAAGAGGGUGAGGUGCUCCCGAGGAAACAGGCUGUCCUGACCGUCCUCCUGCAUUUCCUGGAGACGUUCAAGGGCAUUCUGCAGGAGGAUGAGAGCGCUGGCAAGGUCAUCAAGGAUCUUUACCUACUGAUCAUGAAAGACGCCUCCCUCUACCAUGAGCUGGAAGAUGAGAUCCUGAAAUUGCACCAGCUGGUGGAGACGGUGGAGCUCAAGGUGACGGAGGAGACACAGCCCCCAAACAAGCAGGUGAAGCCGCUAUUCAGGCACUUUCGUCGCAUCGACUCCUGCCUCCAGACCCGGGUGGCCUUUCGGGGCUCUGAUGAGAUCUUCUGCCGGGUGUACAUGCCUGACCACUCCUACGUCACCAUCCGGAGCCGCCUGUCUGCCUCAGUUCAGGACAUCCUGUCCUCGGUGACGGAAAAGCUCCAGUACUCAGAGGAGCAGAGUACCCGUGAGGAAGCCCUGAUCCUGGUAGCUGUGGCAUCCUCUGGAGAGAAAGCCAUGCUGCAGCCUAGUGAGGAGUGUGUCUUCACCACCCUGGGCAUCAACAGUCACCUCUUUGCCUGCACUAAAGAAACCUUUGAGUCUCUGGUCCCACUACCGGAGGAGAUCCAGGUGUCGCCGGGAGACACGGAGAUCCACCGUGUGGAGGCUGAAGACAUUGCCAACCACCUGACAGCCUUUCACUGGGAGCUCUUCCGUUGCAUCCAUGAGCUGGAGUUUGUGGACUAUGUCUUCCAUGGGGAACGGGGACGGCGGGAGACAGCCAAUCUGGAGCUGAUGCUGCAGCGCUGCAGCGAGGUACAGCACUGGGUAGCCACUGAGAUCCUGCUCUGUGAAGCCCUGGGAAAGCGCGCCCACCUGCUCAAGAAGUUUGUCAAGAUCGCAGCCAUAUGCAAGCAGAACCAGGACAUGCUGUCAUUCUAUGCUGUGGUGAUUGGGCUGAACAACACAGCUGUCAGCAGGCUGCGCCUCACCUGGGAGAAGCUCCCUGGCAAAUUCAAGAACUUGUUCCGGAAGUUUGAGAAUCUUACGGACCCCUGCCGGAACCACAAAACAUAUCGGGAGGUCCUCACCAAGAUGAAGCCGCCCAUCAUCCCCUUCGUCCCACUCAUCCUGAAAGACCUGACAUUUUUGCAUGAAGGCAGCAAGACCCUCUUGGAUGGACUAGUCAAUAUUGAAAAACUGCACUCAAUAGCUGAGAAAGUGAGGACAAUCAGGAAAUACCGGAGCCGGCCCCUCUGCCUGGAGAUGGAGUCGUCGCCCAGCCAGCUGCAGACCAAGGCCUACGUGCGCCAAUUCCAGGUGAUCGACAAUCAGAAUUUGCUCUUUGAGCUCUCCUACAAGCUGGAGCCGAGCAGCCAGUGAGAGCCAUGGGGUCCUGCUGCCCCAGUGGGGGGUGCUGGCACAGCCCUGCCCUGCCACACUGAAGCACUUUGGCCAUGUGCCCCUUGGUGCCAGGGGCUGGAGCAGGCAUGGUGCUGCAGCAUCCUUGGCCUGGCGCGGCCCACCUGGGUUUACGGGAUCUGUUGAACUGUAGGUGCAUGCCCCUCCCCUGUUGGGGGUGGGGUGGGGGUGGUGCCUGGUCUCUGCAGGGGUGCAGUACCGUGUCACGCUGGCGUGGGCACGAGAGGCUGCCCCCUGUGAGUGGUGCCAAUGGGUGGGCGGGAGCUGGGGACAGCACGUAGUUGGGGGUGCUUGUAUUCUAGCCUCCUCCCCUGCCCCAGGGGGUGAUAGGGGGGCACUGUACCCCUUCUCCCCCAGCCCCUGUUCUCCCGCCCUUUAUUUAUCUCUUCUCUUUCCCACAGUUGUGCAUGGUGCCCCUCUUCCUGGCUCUGUUUCCCUCCCUCACCCCUCCCCUGGGACCUAGUGCUGUCACCCAGCCUCUUAAAGGUCAUGGGAUCCCCAACCACUCUCGUCUCAGGAGCUCUGAGAAAAUGCCAGGUGUUUGCAAGGAGAAGGGGGACCCUCCUGAGAUGGGUGGCAUCUGUGGGCCGCUGGGAGGAAGCAGGGCGUGCUCCCCAUGUGGCUCUGGCUGCAGGUACAGACCUCCCCACCCUUGGGCUGCACAGCUGUGCAUUCUUGCUUCUGCUGUGGAGACCCCUUCAUGUGUCCUGUUGAGUCACCACAGGGGAAGGGAACAUGAGACCCACAGAGCUGGGAGCAGGAGCCCCCACUGCUUGAGAGACAAGCCCAGCUCCCUCCAGCCUUCUUGUCCUGAUGCAGCUGCUGGGGGUGGGGCUCAUCCUGCCCCACACCUUGGGCUUCCUUUCCAGUGUGUUCUCCCCCUUCCUGCUCCUUGCCCCUGCCCCACAGAACCAUGACCUUCUACUCUGUGCCAGCCAAUUUCUGUCUCAGCAGCUCAGCCCCAUGGACUCUUCUGAUCUGAGCUUCCUGCCCAGGGCAGAUGGGUUUCCUCAGCACAAAGAUCUCAGCCAUUUGGAGAGCCCAUGGCUCUGGACACUGCUGUAGCCCUUGAGCUGCACAGCAGGGCUGACUGGUGUUUUGUCUGAAAAGCCUGAGCCCCUGGAGUCACGUGAUUACAGGAGCCUCAGCUUUCACUGAAACAAGAAAGAGGCAGGGGGAAGAUUCUCUCCUGGUCUGGAAAGGAAGCUGGGGGCUGUGUCCCCCAUCCCCAAAGGUCCCAGCAGAGGUGGAUUUGAAUAGAGUCUGAUUCUUAAGCCAGUGUCAGGGUUGGGGGUCCCUAGUAGGGCUGGCUACACUACAGCCAGCAGGAGCAGUGGGGUGGGGGGAGCUUCUUCCCAGAGGCCAUGGAGUGGUGUCACAGAGCCCAGGAUGAGGGCCAUGGAGUGGGGGUGCAGUGUGGAGCCUCUUGAUGGAGGCUGAAGCCAAGGAUCAGACCAGCCAAGGCUCAACCACUGCUUUUCCACCUCUGGUAGGCAGAGACCUGGAGGGAGGGAGCUGAUCGUCUUGAUUUACCUCCCACUGCUCUGUGACCCCAGGAUGGGGGCAGACAGAGCAGGCUGGUCUCCCUGCACUGACCACCCAGGAGCAGUCUCUCCCAGGGCCCUGUACCCAAUGCCAUGUGUCUCAGAGGGCUGGCACUUGGGAUGUCUUUUAAAGGAACUAAAGCCAAUUCCUGCUCUCAGGCCCCAGGUGUCUGAGCCCAUUGCCUUGAGACCUGGCUUCUUCCCUGAUGCCCCCUCCCUGUUCCUCUUAUCCCCAGGCCCCUGUCCCCACCACUGCCACAGCAGCAACUGGCUCCAUCCACUCAGUGAAGCCAGUCGUCUCUCCCCCCUCCCCUUCUCUUGGUGUGGCUCCAAAGAGAGGGCAGAGGCUGUGUUCACAGCUACAAACCUCUGGGGGGCUGCAGAGAUUGGUCCAGGGGGAAACCUCUGCCUCCCUCCCCCUCAGGGGAGGCAGCACCAGGGGUUGCCUGGCUGGGAGGUCACCACAGGGCUGGAGGAUCUCAAGGAGGAUUUCCUGCAUUUCCAUCUUGUUCCUAUAUUUUUUCUGCCUCUACAACCACCCUGCAUCUCUGCUGAGCAUCUUUGUCUGCCUUCACAGCUGCUCUCUCUCUCUCUGUCUGCUCAGAGAUUGUCCCCUGCUUUCUCUCUCUGUCUCUAUCUAUCUAUCUAUCUCUCUAUCUAUCUAUAUUCAGGGUCUUGUUUCCUUCACUGCUAAGGGUCUCUCUCUCUUUCCCUCCCCCUGUUCCUCCCCUCCCACCCCCAUGGGGUCUCACAGACCUUACAUGAGAAUGUAUAUAUUUUGUACCAAAAUGCUCUCUUUAAUUGUAAAUUUAUUUUUUAAAGAAAAAAAAGACAGAACCUUGUACCAUAUGGAGCUUUGUACAGUGACUUUUCUACUGAGCGGGGGCAUGUCCCCGUAGUGUGGAAUGUAAGCUAUCCCCUGCCCUCUGGGCCCAGUUCAUCCUGGGGUCUGUGUCAUUGCCCUUCAUUGUUAUUAUCUUGCUAAGAAGCACUUAAGGCGGAAGAAGGGUUCCAAGAGGAACUGGAAAUAAAAGCAAGCGCUGUCCA